UAUAAUUCGAGUCUGAAUAACAGAACUACAAAUUUUAUAUAUUUUUACUUGAAAACUAUUACGUAAUUUUAUGCUUUAUCGUAGAUUUAGUGAUUUAGUCUAAGCUGAUUAUUUUCAACCUUGGAAACUGAAACUGACGAUUACUAUAAAUCGAUCUUUGUGACGCUUUAUAGCGCUGGACUUGAUUCAAGGUCAUUGAGGCACAACUGUUUCUUUUUCUGAUAUACAAUAAAAGCAAAUUAAAUGUCAACAUCCUCAGGCAGCGGAAGCAAACGCAAUCGAUUGAAUCUCACUCUUCCAAGUUCUGCUAUUCAAUCAUCAGAUAGUGGUUCUUUGUCAGGUAGGAAACCUGAAGAGAUUGGCUCAAAUUCUGAUUUACUUCACUCAUCUUCAGACAAUGCAUCAGAAUCAUUGAUGAAAAGAAAUGGAAAUUCAACCGGUACAGUCAAUACAACUCUAGAUAAAUUAAACGAUGGUAAUGUGAUAAUUUCAUCUGAGAAUUAUUCACAAAACUCUCAACAAACUACUAUCUAUCGACCAAGUGCUCAUCAUUCUCAUCCACAUUCCGCUCAUCGUAGAAUCCCACCACCCCUGACAGAUCUUCGUUUAUCUCCAAAGAAAACGCAUGCACCAACAGGCGGUAAUCUAUUCAACUCUAAAGUAGAUCGGAAUAAUGAAAAUCGUUAUUCGAACAGAAUUAGUACCGGGCCUGUUGAUGUUGCUGAAGUUUUAAAACAAUUAGAAAUACAAGACUUAGAUGAUAAUCAACGUCGUCGUUUAAGUGCAUUUGUAGCAGAUAAACAAAAAAUUGGUGAAUUACGUCCAGAAGAUUUUGAAAAAUUAAGUGAAAUUGGGAAAGGCAACGGUGGUGUUGUCAGUCGUGUACGUCAUACAGCUACCGGGUUAAUUAUGGCAAAGAAAAAUAUUCAUCUGGAGAUAAAACCAAUUGUUAAAACACAAAUUAUACGUGAACUUCAAGUAUUACAUGACUGUAAUUCACCUUAUAUCGUUGGAUAUUAUGGCGCAUUUUUUGCCGACGGCGAUAUUAGCCUGUGUAUGGAGUAUAUGGAUGGUGGGAGUCUAGACAUCGUUCUAUUGCAUGCUGGUCGUAUACCUGAGCCAAUUGUUGCUAAAAUACUCUAUUCAGUAAUACGUGGGCUAGUUUAUCUGCGUGAGGCUUUGCAUAUUAUUCAUAGAGACGUAAAACCGUCAAAUAUCCUUGUCAAUCGUACUGGAGAUGUUAAACUAUGCGAUUUUGGUGUUAGUGGACAGUUGAUUGAUUCACUGGCCAAUUCAUUUGUUGGCACAAGAAGUUAUAUGGCACCGGAACGAUUAACCGGUGAACAGUACAAUACACUGAGUGAUGUAUGGAGUUUAGGCUUAUCAUUAGUGGAACUAGCAACUGGACGUUAUCCAAUCCCAGCUAUUGAAGAUGAAAAAGUCUAUCUAAGCGCAUUCAGUCCUCAUAGAGAUGUCAAUUUAGAUCAACACUUGGAAGCUGCUAAAGAAGGCAAACCACUACCAGCUGUGAAUAGUCCAAGUUCUGGUCCAAUGGCAAUAUUUGAAUUAUUAUCCUAUAUUGUUGAUCAACCACCGCCACGUUUACCUCGAUUUUGUUUCUCUGAUGAUUUUAUCGACUUAGUUGAUUCAUGCCUUCAACGACCAGCUAGUGAUCGUCCAUCAUUAGAUAACCUUUUAAGGCAUAAAUUUGUUGUCACAGCAGCUGGAGCCUGUCCAUCAGGUAAUGUUCAACGACAGAGUACAACUAUAGAUAUUCAACAAAGUGGAGAUAAUAAUGAGACAAAUCCUUGUGAAGAUCCAAUUAAUAUUGGUAGAUAUCUAGCCGCUGUACUGCCUCCUGUUACAACGGAUGAUCUCACUAACAAUCAAUCGUCUUAUUAAAUUAACUUUGUAGAAUCAAAUACAAUUGGAUGCAUGUAUGUACGUGUGUGUGUGCGUUUAUGUGUAUGUUCGUGAAGCCACUUGCAGUCACAGAAUAAAACCAUUCGUCUGUCACUUGUAUGCGUGUGCGUACAUGUUUGUAUGCAUUGUUCUUGUGCAAUGGGAGAAUAUAUAUAUUCCACUUGGUUUUGCAUACUAACUUGUAUACAGUGUUUAUUUUUAACUGUGAUGGCUUCUGGUCUUAUUUUCUGAUUUCGAUUUCAUGCCAAUGAUUUCUGCUUUGUUUUUUUUUCAAUUUUCCCAUCGUAUUUUGUAAAUAUGAUUUAUUGACUUCACACUACUUUUGGCUAUUUUGUUGUUGCUAAUAUUGAGCUAGCUGAAAAGCAAAGUUCUCAUUUGCACAUAGAAAUCAACAUCAAUUUGACAGGAAGCGAUGUGUACCAUGUUGAUAUAUAUAUAUAUAUAUAUAUA